UUUAUUAUAAUACGAUACUGUACUGUUUUUUUAGUCGGGAGCUUUUUGUCUUAAAGUCCCACCCACCAACUGCCUUAGCGGAUAUCAAGCCUAAUUGCAACUCAUUUACUAAGAAAUGGCUAUUAACUUCCUCUUACUGAUUAGCCGGCAAGGAAAGGUCCGUUUGGCAAAGUGGUUUCACGCUUUGUCGGCGAAAGAACGUGUCAAAAUUGUCAGAGAUGUUGCAUCCAUCGUUCUUGUCCGUAAACCAAAAAUGUGUAACUUUUUUGAGUAUAAAGCUGGCAAAAUCGUAUACCGAAGAUACGCGUCGCUGUAUUUCGUAUGUGGAAUUGAUUCCACAGAUAACGAAUUGAUUACAUUAGAAGUUAUCCAUCGCUUUGUUGAGUGUCUUGACAGAUACUUUGGUAAUGUCUGUGAAUUGGAUCUCAUUUUUAAUUUCGAAAAAGCAUAUUACGUCUUAGAAGAGAUCUUGCUUGCUGGACAAUGUCAUGAAACUAGCAAGCUUGCCGUACAAAAUCUAAUGCUUGGCGGAGAUGCUGAAGCAGAAAUAGAGACACAGCAACAUGAGGUACUCUAAGUACUCUAAUGAUUAAUGGCCUCUGUCUUGUAUCUGUCUGUGAUUACAGUCCGUAUCUCCCAAUAAUGACUUUUGGGAAACAAGAGCUUCAUCCCUUCUUUCACUUUUCCCCCUCGCCUGCAUAGAUUCUCAUUCAUAAUCAUGCCCAUAACCUUCCAAUCAUGUAUGCAACCUUUGCAUUCAUUUUCCCGAUAGCUUGUCGUGAAAUUUAACUCGAUUUCUCAAUAAUUCACGAACAUAGCUUCGAUUAAUGUUCGCAAAAUCUGCUGUCUUACGUUCCAAGUGCUCAUACGCAUAAAUUAUUUUCAUGGAGGCUCGAAGCUCAUCUCUAUGUUCGUUAGUUAGACAGCUCAACUGUUUUCUGAUUCAAAUUGUUUUGGCCCA